AAAAGCCUGCUUCGGAUUAUGAGACACCAUACCACUAUCAAACCUGGUACCGUUAAAGACUCACCAUGAUUGCAAAGGUAUUUUUAUUUGUUUGUUUGGCGGCAGCCGUCAAAGCAGGAGGGCUUCUCGCUCCCGCGAUUUAUGGAGCACCAUACUCCUAUGGAGCAUGGAACCCUUAUAGUUCAUACCCCGCCCAACCAGCUAUUGCAUCACAACAUUCGAACAUUUUGAGGUCGCCUUUCAAUUUGGGACAGAUCUCUACCUACAGCAAAGCGAUCGAUACUCCAUUUUCAAGUGUACGCAAAGCUGACAUUCGUGUGAGCAACCCUGGCUUGGCCGUAGCACCUGCAUACCGCAGUUACGCUGCACCUAUCGUAUCGCACGUCGCGGCUCCUGUUGCUACGGCUAGAGUGGCUGGGGGUUUAUUAGGAGUCGCUUACUCGGCCGCUCCUGCUGUCUCUCAUAUGACGUACACAAACGGUCUUGGGCUGGCAUACGCUUGGUAAACCCAAAGUCAAUUGGAGA